UCCUCAAUGGUUUCUUCCCUGUGUUAAAUCCUAAGUCAGGGUUUCCUAAUAGAAUAAUUAGCGGGGGGAGAUCUUUCGUCCGCCGCCCCCCUCCGCUCGGCCCGGGAAGCGUCCGCCGCACUGUGUGUCCUGUGCCCUGUGGAGUCAGGAGAUGAUUCAUCAGCAGUGGGAGCCAGGGAUGCUGCGCACUGAGACCUCCUGUGAGAGGGGGCUGGGACAUCAGUAAAGCCGUCUCUGCUGCUCAGCAUCAUCAUCCCUGCCACGGCCAGUAAACAUGGAAGAGAUCCUGAGGAAGCUGCAGAAGGAAGCCACUGGCAGCAAGCACAAGGCGAUCAAGGAUACCUGUGCCCUGGCCAUCGAUGUGUUAGAAGCUCCAGAGGGUGUAGCCAAGAUCCCUCCGUCCCAGCUAAGAGAAAGAUGCCUUCUCCCCCUUCAACUUGCACUGGAGUCAAAGAAUAUGAAGUUAGCUCAGCAAGCACUAGCUGGCAUGCAGAAACUUCUCACUGACGACAGAUUUGUAUCCGUGGAGACAGAAUCUGUUGAUCGCCAGCUAGUUAACCAAAUGCUGAAUGCAGUUAAAGUGACGCCAUCGCUGCACGAAGAUCUGCAAGUUGAAGUUAUGAAAGUUUUACUCUGCAUCACAUAUACGUCCACAUUUCAGCUGAAUGGUAGCUCAGUUUUGAAGAUUGCUGAGAUUUGCAUUGAAACCUAUGUAUCGAGCUGUCAUCAGCGCAGCAUAAACACGGCCGUGCGAGCCACCCUCAGUCAAAUGCUAAGUGACCUGACUUUGCAGUUACGCCAAAAGCAGGACAGCCCGAAUGCAGAAAUUCAUGACGCUCUUUUGGAAUUUCGUAGCCAAGAAUCUGGACCAUCCAUAGAGUCGCUCUGUGAUGAUGUUGUAUCUGUCCUCACCGUCCUGUGUGACAAGUUGCUAGCAGUUAUUAAUGAGAAUCACCCCUUACAGCUCCUAUAUUUGGAAUGUAUACUUUCAAUGCUCAACAGCUCAUCCCCUAUAAUGCACAACCACAAAGGCUUUAUGGACUUAAUAUGGAAGCAUCUCUGUCCAGCCCUUGUAGUGAUCCUUGGAAAUCCAGUCCAUGACAAAACAAUAACCUCCGCCCAUAAUAACACCUUUGUUGACUCGGAAUGUCAGUCAGCUGGAGUAGCAGACCAGGGAAGGGGAUCAGCAUGUUCUUCUACAGCACCAGCUCUUAGUGGACCGGUUGCCCGAACCAUCUAUUACAUUGCAGCAGAGUUAGUCCGACUUAUGGGCUCAGUUGAAUCUAUGAGACCUGUCCUGCAGUCAUUAUACCACCGGAUCCUACUGUAUGCACCACCACAGAAUCGUGUGGAAGCCAUCAAAAUCAUGAAGGAGAUACUUAGCAGUCCUCAGAGACUUUUUGAUCUGGCUGGGCCAUGCACAUCUGAACCAGAAACCAGGAAAAGGUCCAUAUCAAAGAGGAAGUCAAAUCUAGACCUGCUGAAGCUGAUCAUGGAUGGGAUGGCAGAAGCCUGUAUGAAAGGAGGCAUCGAAGCUUGCUAUGCCUCUGUGUCAUGUGUUUGUGCAUUGCUGGGAGCUUUAGAUGAAAUGAGUCAAGGGAAAGGUCUUAAAGAAGCUCAUGUCCAGCAUCUGCUAAGACGUCUUGAAGAACUCAGAGAUGGAGCAGAAUCAAGCAGAGAAUCCAUGGAAAUUAAUGAGGCAGAUUUCAGGUGGCAAAGACGCAUCUUGUCAUCUGAACAUACACCAUGGGAGCUAGGAACAGAAAAGAGUCCUGACAUUAGCAUUAGCGUGACCACGGAUACUGGACAAACCACCUUAGAGGGAGAUUUGGGACAGACUACUCCAGAAGAUAACAUGGAUGGGCAAGGAAACAAUAUGCAGUCCCUUCGUAAAGAUCCAGAGCUGGAUGUUGUAGACCAGCCAGAUGUUGUUCAAAGGAGUCAUGUAACCGUUUAUCCUGACAUAACAAACUUCUUGUCUGUUGACAGUAGGACAAGAUCUUAUGGUUCCCGGUACAGUGAGAGUAAUUUUAGUGUUGAUGAGCAAGAUCUUUCUAGGACUGAAUUUGAUUCAUGUGAUCAAUACUCAAUGGCUGCAGAAAAGGAUUCAGGUAGAUCUGAUGUCUCUGACAUUGGUUCUGAUAACUGUUCCCUGGCAGAUGAAGAUCAGACACCCAGAGACUGUCCUGGUCAUAGAUCAUUACGGACUGCUGCCUUGUCCUUAAAACUACUGAAAAACCAGGAGGCAGAUCAGCACAGUGCUCGCCUGUUUGUAGAGUCUCUUAAAGGUCUUAUUCCUCGACUACUGACAUUUCAGAGGAUGGAGGAAGUGGAUUCCUCUUUGCAGAAUUUUGCUUCCACCUUUUGUUCAAGUUUACAAGCUGGUGUGAUGCAUUCACCCGGCUUUGAAACCAGUAGUGGAAACUGCACCCAGACCCUUCUGAAUGCAGACAGUUUGUAUGUCGCAUCGUACUAUGCUCUUCUGCUGAACCUAAAACUUACCAACAGUGAUUAUUACAGGAAGAAAACCGCCUUGGCCCCAGUGACACUGAAAGAAUUCAUCAAGCAGGUACAGUCCAGUGGUGUGGUAAUAGUCUUCUCCCAGGCUUGGAUCGAGGAACUGUAUCACCAUAUCCUGGAUAUAAACAUGCUUGGAGAGUCUGGAUACUGGGGCACCUCGGAGGGACAGUGCCUACCCCUUAUUACUAUGCUUAUUAAUAUUGAUGGUUUGGGGAGCAGCGCCAUCGGUGGACAGCUUCAAGCAUCUAUGUCAACAGUAUCUCCUGUUCCUUCUGACAAGAAUAUGGACCCAACAACAGUGGCAGGUGUCGCUUUUGCACGGUUUAUACUUAUUGGAUGCUGGAAGAACCUGAUAGACACAUUGUCGGCUCCACUAACAGGGCGCAUGGCGGGGAGCUCCAAAGGAUUGUCGUUUAUUUUGGGUGCUGAAGGCGUAAAGCAGCAAAAUCAGAAAGAAAGAGAUUCUAUUUGUAUGAGUCUUGAUGGUCUUAGGAAAGCUGCCCGUCUCAGCUGUGCCUUAGGUGUGGCCGCUAACUGUGCAUCAGCUUUGGCUCAGAUGGCUGCAGCAUCCUGUGUGCAAGAAGAGAAGGAGGACAAGGAAAAUCCAGAACAAAAUGACACAUUAUCACAAGUAAAGCAGAAAGUGGAGCAAAAACUGGAGCAGAUGGGUAAACAUCAUGGAGGAUAUCGCCUCCAUAAUGCCCACGUUCUGUGUAUGGACGCCAUACUUAAUGUCGGUCUGGAGAUGGGAAGUCACAAUCAAGAUUGCUGGCCACAUGUGUUCAGGGUGUGUGAAUAUAUCAGCACAUUGGAGCACACGCACUUCAGUGAGGGGACAUCGCAGCUACCGCUGACAAUCACGCAGUCCACAGACUCCCAGGGCCACUCUACUGACUUUUCACUGGAACAGACUAAAGAACCGGAGGCUUCACUUGGGAAGAGUCCCAUCAUCCAGCCAGUCCCAAUCCAAGAGCUCAUCAAGGAGGGCAGCAAGGGCCGGGCAUUUGACUUCCGUGGAAAUACCUUGAUGAGUGCAAGCAAUGCUGCUAAAGCUGUUUGUACCUUGUCGACACAAGCAGACAAGCUGUUUGAAGGUGCUGCAGACAAGCUCAACCUGGUUGCACUGAGUGGAUUUCUCUACCAGCUGAAGAAGGCAUCCCAGGCCCAGCUUUUUUAUUCAGUCACUGAUACAGUUGACUAUUCCCUUGCAAUGCCAGGCGAGAUUAAAUCUACUCAGGACAAAAUAAGUGCUCUACAUCUCUUCCGCCUUGGCGAUGUCAUGUUACGUAUCAUCCGCAGCAAAUCUCGUCCUCUUCUUCACAUUUUGCGAUGCUGGAGUAUAGUAGCCCCUCAUUUUGUAGAGGCAGCCUGCCACAAAGAAAGACGUGUUUCUAAGAAAGCCGUUUCCUUCAUACAUGACAUUAUGACCGAAGUCCUGACUGACUGGAUCGAGCUACCACACUUCCAUUUUAAUGAAGCCCUCUUCCGUCCUUUUGAGCGAAUCAUGCAGCUAGAGUUAUGUGAUGAAGAUGUCCAGGACCAGGUAGUCACAUCCAUUGGUGAACUGGUGGAAGUGUGCUCUCCUCGGAUCCAGUCAGGAUGGAGACCCUUGUUUAGUGCCCUGAAAACAGUACACAGCAGCAAGUCUGAUGUUAAAGAGUAUCUUGUAGGAGAGUACUCAAUGGGUAAACGCCAGGCCCCAGUGUUCGACGUGUUUGAAGCUUUCCUGAACACAGACAACAUUCAAGUCUUCGCCAAUGCAGCCAUGGAUUACGUUAUGUGCCUUAUGAAAUUUGUGAAAGGAUUAGGUGAGAAUGAUUGCAAAGAAAUUGGAGACUGUGUACCGUCAUCUGCGUCAUCAUCCACAGACCUUUGCCUACCAGCUUUGGAUUAUUUAAGAAGAUGUUCUCAGCUGCUGGCUAAAAUCUACAAGAUGCCAAUGAAACCCAUCUUUUUGUGCGGGCGCCUGAACACCUUUCCCCACCGAGUUCAAGAAAGGUCAACAAGCAGUGAAGAUGGUAUUGAUGCUGUAUUAUCCGAAUUUGAUGAUGACACUGGUCUUAUUGACGUAUGGAUAAACCUUUUAGAACAACUUACAGCGGCUGUCUCAAAUUGCCCUCGUCAGCAUCAACCACCUACCCUGGAUUUACUCUUUGAGUUAUUAAGGGAAGUUGCCAAAGUGCCAGGCCCUGGCUUUGCUAUUUAUGCAGUUGUACAUUUGCUCUUGCCUGUCAUGUCCAUGUGGCUUGGUCGCAGUCAGGGUGAUCAUGCUUAUUGGGAUGCAGCUUCUGCAAACUUCAAACAUGCAAUUGGCUUGUCUUGUGAACUAGUGGUUGAACACAUCCAAAGCUUCAUAAACUCAGACAUAGGCUAUGAGAAUAUGAUUAACACAAUGCUGAAAGAUUUAUUUAAGCUGCUUGUGGCAUGUGUGGCUGAACCUACUGAAACCAUCUCUCGAGUGGGCUGUUCCUGUAUUAGAUAUGUAUUGGUAACCACAGGACCAGUCUUUACAGAGGAGAUGUGGAGACUGGCUUGUUGUGCUUUGCAGGAUGCAUUUUCAGCUACGUUAGAACCAAUGAAGAAUCUAUUAGGUUAUUUCCAUAGUGGGUCGGAAAGUUUUUCUGGAGAUGCCUGCGAAGUGAAGGUAGCAGCACCAUCUUUAUCCCCCAAUGCAGAAGCCGAAUACUGGAGAAUCCGUGCCAUGACACAACAGGUGUUCAUGUUAGAUGCCCAGUGCUCACCAAAAACCCCAAACAAUAAGGAAGGCUUUGAACAUGCCCAGUCCUGCGUGCUUAUAAUUGAGCUGCCUCCAGAUGAGAAGCCCAAUGGACACACACAGAAAAGAAAGCUGGGUAUUCCAUUCAGGACCAUUGUAGUCAGCUUGCUUUCUCAUCAAGUUCUGCUACAAAACCUUUAUGACAUUUUGCUGGAAGAAUUUGUAAAAUGCCCUACAAUGACUGAGGAUAAAGCUGCUUCUCCCCCUGAAGCUAAAACCGUUGGAUUUCUGAGAUACAUUUCAAUGCAGAACUUGGCUGUUAUUUUUGACCUGUUGUUGGACUCCUAUAGGACAGCCAGGGAAUUUGAUGCACGUCCUGGUUUGAAAUGCUUACUAAUGAAAGUUUCUGGCAUUGGCGGAGCUGCAAAUCUUUAUCGGCAAUCGGCAAUGAGCUUUAACAUCUACUUUCAGGCUUUAAUUUGUGCCUUGUUGACCAAUCAAGACAACAUUACUGCUGAGGUUGUGAAGAAGAUAUUGUUUGAAGAAGAUGACAAUAGUUCAGAUUCCUCCCAGCAGUGUUCAUCAGAGGAUGAAGAUAUAUUUGAGGAAACUGCUCAAGUCAGUCCUCCAAGAGGGAAGGAAAAACGACAGUGGAGGGCUCGAGUUCCAUCACUGAGUGUUCAGCCGGUCAGCAACGCAGAUUGGGCUUGGCUGGUUAAGAGACUUCACAAACUGUGCAUGGAACUUUGUAAUAACUACAUUCAGAUGCAUCUGGACCUGGAAAAUACUGAGGAUCACCCAGGUAUUAAGGGAGAUCCUUUCUUCAUCCUACCAUCUUUUCAGUCAGAAACCUCAACACCAUCAACUGGUGGUCUCUCAGGGAAAGAAACACCAUCUGAAGAUGACCGAUAUCUUAAUAGGGACCACCCUAUUGAUAAUGUCCCAUCAAGAGGUUUUGCUGCAUCAAUGCCACAAAGUCCUAAGUUGGAGAAAAUAGAUCAGGGCAGAAAGAAGGAAUGGUGGGAGAACGCUGGCAACAAAAUCUAUACCAUAGCUACCGACAAAACAAUUGCAAAACUCAUGACCGAAUACAAAAAGAGGAAGCAACAACAUAACCUGACUACAUUCGUUAAAGACACAAAGUUGGAUAAAAAGGGAGGGCAGGAGUCUCCUAUGCCGCAAAGACCUCAACAUCUGGUUGACCAAACUCAGAUGAGACACUCCUUCAGUGCUGGCCCUGAGAUCUUGAGGCAGGAGAAGAGAUCCCGCUCUGGAUCCACUGUUAGCACGUUCAAUAUCUCAACAAGGGAUGCAGAAGCGCAAAUACAGGCCUGGACCAACAUGGUGUUAACCAUUCUAAAUCAGAUUCAAAUCCUGCCGGACCAGAUGUUUGCUGCUCUGCAACCUGCUGUGUUUCCUUGCAUCAGCCAGCUGACCUGUCAUGUAAAUGACAUCCGCGUGCGUCAGGCAGUCCGGGAAUGGUUGGGCAGGGUCGGCAGAAUUUAUGACAUCAUUUUAUAAGGUCAUUGUAUGAUGCCCCUAUCAUUUUUACAUAUCAAAUUCCUAUUUCAAAACAAAAUCUAUUCUAAUGAAGGUUUAUUACAUUUUGUAAGUAGAAAACAUCAUGGAUAUUUAAAGGUCUGAAAUAUUUUGCCUAUCUUGCUUUAUAACUGUCUUGUCCAUUUCUAAGAAUGUCUAAUAGUUAUUAUUUUCUCUAUGUAUGUAGUUAUGUUACCUGCCAAGACACUACAAUACUGGUUAUACUCUGCUUAAAGUAAUACUAAAUAUGACAGCUUUUUCAGAGCUUCGCCAAAAUUCAUCUCUUAAACCAGCUGAACCCUGCAGUGCCAGGCUGGUCUUUUACUAGUAGAUUGGUUGGAUUAUAAAUACCUAGAUUUGCUGCUUUACAUGCCAGUAGGGUGAUGUAGUUGACCUUACAAGAGACCACACUGUACUCCCUAAAUGCUUAAAGGGAGUAUUCCAGGAUUACUAUGGUAUUUAACAUAUAUGCUUAUGUAGUUACCUGAUGUGCAUCUUUCCCGUGCUAUUUUAUUUCCAGUUUGGUUUACGGGGUGAAAACGGGUCAGGAGAGUCCAAUCACUCCAAUGGGUUGUUUCCAUCCUGUAUGUAGCACUUCCUGUUGCUGUAUCCAACUAAACCCAUGAU